AAAGGUGAGCAGAGUUUUUCAGCCGCUACUGUGAGUGAAAACAGCCAAAUCCCAGGUGAAGGUAAAUCCAGCAGAGACAGUGUCUGUGUAUGAGUGUGGGGAAGCAGUGGCACAGCUGACUCAGUUUUAUCCCGUCUCUAUGCCAGUUAAGCUUGAAUCUGCAGGUGCAUUACAACAGCAGUCACACAGUCCUCAACCGUCCUCUGAACCCACAGAAAUAUGUACCUCUGAUGUUUGCUCCGACUCUGUAAACCCUCAAGCUGACGUCGGCCUGCAGCAUGACGCUGCUGACUCUUUACCUCGAGCUGGAGAUUCACCAAAUGAGAUUCACCUGGAGGGAAGCAGUGAGAUUAAGCUGUCAGAGGAGGAGCACCCUGCAGAAACUCCCAGUACCUCAGCUGCAGAGACACCGUCUGAAAGCCUCGAGGUCCACGCUGAGACACAUGAGAUUCCUAAUGACUUCAGCUGUCAAGAUGACAGGUCUGUGAUCUCAGUGGACCCAGGUCAGAUCGAUGUUUAUGCCUCAACUCCAUCUUACGAGAUUCACUUCCUGGGUCAGGAGCUGCCGACAGCUGCUGAGGAGGGAGAGAGGGAAGGAGGGAUGAGGGAGAUGGUGUCUGAGCUGCUGGGAGAGGAUGCAGACUCCUCAGUCUGUCGCCUCUAUCCACAUCCCUGGAUCAAGCUGGGUCUGGAGCCCAGCUGCGAGGGAUGGGCUCAGGGGGCGUCUGAGACCCAGCCCAGUCAGGACGAGAGCAAACUGGGCAUGGACGCAGAGCAGAUCCCAGCGCUGGUCUCAGAGCUCCAGCCCUCCAUGGCUCUGCUGGGAGCCUACCCCUACAGCACUGUGAUGCCUCAGGGAUCGUGUGUGUGGGACUGGCACACAGAUUGCACUCAGUCUGAACCAGCUGCUGCUCCCAGCCUUAACCCUGAUGCUGAGGUAUGGACCAAUCACAACUUUAACAUCACUGGCUCCGCCUACCCUCAGGCGCAGCAGCCAUGGCUGCAGUUCUCCACCGAGCUGACCAAUCAUGAAGGGUACGUGCCAGAGUUCCAGCUGGAGAACAUGGGCCUGGUCGAGGCUGUGGCUGAUCCCAGUGGACUGGAGUACCAGACGCUGACUACUGAAGGACCUGUAGUUAACGGAGAGUCCAGUGAGCCACCUGUCACAGUUUCAGAUGAGAUCAGAGAAGAGCUGAGGACAGUUUUGGAGUCCUGCCUGACCAGGGAGCACCUGGGCAGCGACCUGUACCUCAAAUCUCAGAUGGACAGCGACCAGUACGUUUCCAUCGCAACUCUAGCCAGUCUCGACAAGAUCAAGAAUCUCACCACAGACCUGGACCUCAUCUCUGACAUCCUGAAAUCUCUGCCUCUGGUCCAGGUGGCUCCAUGUGGACAGAAGGUUCGGCCCAGACAGAGUCGAUGUGUCGUCAUCCUCCGCGAGAUCCCUGACACCACCCCUCGUGAGGAAGUGGAGGCUCUCUUUGACGGGGAGAACCUGCCCAAGUUCCUGAGCUGUGAGUUUGUAAGCAACGAUAACUGGUUCGUCACCUUCAAAUCUGAGGCCGAUGCACAACAGGCCUACAAGUACCUCAGAGAGGAGGUCCGGGUGUUUCAGGGAAAGCCGUUAAUGGUAAGGAUAAAGGCUAAAACCAUGGCAGGCACUACCUACGCCCCCAAAAAUGGCUACAGACCCGCACAGCUGGACCAGUGCGGCAAUCAUUACGGCUCCUACUUUCCCCAAACCACCUACCAGCAGCCCUGCCCCGCCCACAUGCCAACACAACCGCUGUACGAUUUCACCAAUGAGAUGUGGGCUUCAGCUGCGUCAGGAUACCAGAAAUGUGCUGAGUCUCCAUCACUGAAUGAUUUCAUGAAUGGAUUCACAGCAGCUUCUAACUUCAAACCUCACAACCCACACAGGCCGAGGAGAGGUUCGAGGUGGCCAAACUCUGGAGACCGUUGGCAGGUCAAUCAGAGUGACUCAGAGCAAGUGUCAGUGGAGCGCUCCUCGUCCCCGACGAAGCCCGGACGAGGGCGGUCGCGGGGCAACAUGCGCCGUCAGAGCAGAGGUGGAAGGACGGAGCCCAACAAGCAAGAGGUGUCACUCACCUCUGAGCGGGGCAGGAGAGGAAACUUCAGCCAGAGGAGGAGGGAGAACCCGAGGUCAUGGGAGAAAUCUGGAAACAGUCGUAAUCCACCGAGCCAGUCGCCUCCUCGUCAGCCGUCUCCUCCUCUUGAGCUCGGGCUGACGAGCUUCCCUCCUCUUCCUCCAGCAAACACUGCCAUAGCAACCGUACCUGCAGCUAACGGCAACAUCAAGGGUCCAGUCAGAAGCAGCAGCCCCUGUGCAUCACCCACAGUUUCACAGGAGCCUCAGCCAGUCUCACAGCAGAAUGUGAAGGAGAGUGCAGAGACGACCAGCGAGGCCAAACCUGCUCAGCUCACACAGGAACCAGUCACAGAGUCCAAAAAGCCCAGCUACGCCGAGAUCUGCCAGAGAGCGUCAACCAAUGAGCCGGCCCCACCCGCUGACCACGCCCCCUCAGAGGCAGAGCACAUCCUGACCUAUCCGGGCCAGCACUCCGAACCCAGCUCUGUUACCACGGCGAUCAGAUAAGACGGAGAGAGACACACCUAUGAAUUUUUUUCUUUUUCUUUUUCUGUCUUUUUUUUUUGUUUCCUUAUGAGUGUCUUAUAAGCUGAAAGUGUAUUAUUGUAUUAUUCUAACUGUACAAACAGGCUGCAUGUUUACUCUGUGUGGUAUAAUUCACUGUGCAGGAGCAUCAUUAGCAUGUACCACACCGAGCACCAAACACAGCCUUUAAAUCCACUCAAUGAAGGUCUGGAUCUGGGAGCUGAACGCUGAUAAAUACUGUUUGGGAGGAAGGGGGUCUUGCUGUGGGCUGGUUUAGGACGGUACGGGCUGGUGUGGGUCCGAGGGGCAUUAACCACUCAGGAUGUCAGAGCCAACUUUUCAGCUUUCAGACAGGAAGCUGGGAAGAAUCUGUAAAUGUUGAUCUGCUACUUUACGUUAGUUUUCUUUCUUGGUUUGUGGUUCAGGUCCGUUUAUCGAGAGCCAGGUUCCGUUUUUUUGAUUUAGUCUUGUUUUGCUGAUGGCACUGGCACUUCUUACCCGGCUUUUUCUGUGUGCGUUGGACGAUUUGUCGCUGUACAGGACGUUCUGCCAUGAUCCAGAACUCGUUUUUUUUUUGUUGUUUUGUUUGUUUUUUUGGUGGUUUUUAUUUCCAUACAUCUGUGUUAUGCUUUCGUCUGCAGGGCCUCUGUGGGCACACAUGAUGCUUUUUCUCUAAAUGUUAGUGCUAGUCACCCAGUUUGUUUCCAUUUCAGAUGUCGGUGAGAUGUCGAGGCUUGUAAUGAACCAAGGUCCAGUGUGUGUGAGUGAGUACUGGGAGGAUCACACCUCUGUAUUGAUUUGAUCUUUCUAGUCGAGGAAUCAAAUUGAAGUUGAAAGUAUGUUUCCUUGAGAACCACUGAAUACCAAUCCUUUAUCUCUGCAUGAUUUUUUUUAUUUCUUUUAAGAAUUUAAUUUAUGUCGUAUUUUUAUUUCCGUUAGACAGGAGUGCUUUUGUGUGUUAGUCUCACCUGUGUACGUCUACUGGACGAACCUCGGUGUCACGGUGUCCGGUGUUUCGGACCCAGGUCGUCCCACAAAGGGAAGCAUGCUUUUGGCUGGGUGGGGUAGUUAGUGAGUAUCCAUAAGCAAACACUGUUUCAGCACAAAGAACUUGAACUGUAUUUGAGAACUUGAAUUUGAUUGUAUUGAGUCCAAUGUUCUUCUGUUUAAAACAUAAAAUUUUAAAUGUAAAGCAGUUUGUCAUGGAGAAAGAGCAGGUGUGGCACAUGUUACUUUGUCUGUACAGAUGUACAUAAUACUGAACAAAUAUUAAAGAAGUGCCUUUGAA